AUGAAGGUUACUAAAAGUGAUUUAUCAUUAGAGCUUGAGUGCUGGGUUGAGGAAUUGUCGCCGGCCCAACUGGCAGCAUACGAAAAAGUUGCCAAUGAGCACAACGCCAUCAAGAAUGCGCUGAAGAGUGCUCUGACUGCCAACGAAGGGAAGGAAUUGUUUAAUGGGCAAGUUUUUCAGGCAUAUUCAUUCAAAGGAAAGGUGUUGCAGGAAUUAAAGGAGGCCACUAUACCGAAGAAAGCUCCGAAAAGUGAGACUACUCCGAAUAGUACAAACGAAAAAACGUUGACGCGUUCUGGCCGAAAAAGAGCGCCGAAUUUUGUUUACUUAGAAUCUUCCGAUGAGGAGGAAGACGAUGUGCCGCUGGCAAAGAGAAUUGCAACGGCCAAUGCCAAGAGCGGAAAGGGAGCCGGAUUAGACUCGACUAAGGGAGGCAAAAAAGGUGAAAGCAAGAAAGAUUUGCUGACACCCGGAAAGAGUGGAGCCAAAGGUACGAAGGAUAACAAAACCAAGACGGUAAAGACAGAGGAGUCGUCUCCACCCGUUCCCAACUUCAGGCCAUCAGAAGAUUCGGCGGUGGGUGGACUGAUAGUUGGUUCGGAUAAUAAGGAUGGAAAAGGUGCAAAGGAAAACAAGGAUGGAAAAUUGCAAGGGAAAACUUUCCCCUCUUUAGUUGUUUUGGCUAAACCGUGGCUCAAAGUCAAGGAUAUGUCGGCCACUCGAAACAAGUUGGAUUCCAAAGUAAAAUUGGUGCUUAUGUUGACACCCAAUAAAUUUACCGAGUGGCUGAUUCAAGAAGGACUUCUAAAAGCAGAACAGAAAUGUGCAAACCAUAAAAGCAAUGACUUAAAACUUGGUGUGUAUUCGGAUGCUUCCAAAUUCCCUUAUACUGGCGGUUAUGUCUGGAUUAGUGAAUGUUGCCCCACGAGAUUCGUUUCGGUCUUCCAUGGAUCGAUAUUUGAAAGUGCACCGCAUCCACCCUCGUGCAUACUAAAGCUCAUCUACCAUUGGGCGUGCCAGACGAAUAUCCAAAAUGUUGUACAAUGGGUUAAAGUAGACAAUGUGUACAUAAAAGGAGUGUACACCUGGCUUCGUGCUAUAUGCACUUUAGCUGUGCACCAAAAAUGCAAGAAAUUAGGUGGACCGGAUAAGUUCGUCGAAGUCGGUGUCAUAUCGUUCGGCACAACAUCACAAGAUGGACAACAGCGGCAGUUGAAGGUGGAAGUGCUGGGUGUCUUAGAUUACGCAGAAAAAACCAUUAGAUUGCGAGCGGUAGAGCCCCUCUCUGAUUCCGACCGUAAUUACAAGAAACGGUUUCAAGUUAUAUUGGAGCCGCUUCAACGUUGGGUCCACAAGGACAGUACAAUUUGCAUUGAUUUGACUGUUGACAAAAUGACAUUGUAUUCGAUGGGAUUCAAGAACGUAGUUCAAGCUGCAGCCGCAGACAAUUCGGCGAAGCAUACGAACUCUGCCGUCAUGGACUAUUUAAGGCGUAUAGUUCCCCGUAUGUUCCAAAACACUUUGUCAUUGCUUUCGAGGCAAAUGAUCCAACAGUUCCUGGAUGAAUUGGUAUGGCGUGAGCAGUUUGGUACAUACGCCCUGCAGGCAUUCAACAAUAUCACAACUCACAUUGCCGAACAAACACGCAUCAAUUGCAAUGAAUCCCUGACCCAACGACUGUACCAUGUGGCCACAAAUCCAUUUAAAGACUGGAGCGUAUUGCCUGCCAAUGCCAAGGAAAUUCCAGCCAACACAACACCCAAAAGAUUAAAGAAACGUUAGUAAUAUUCUACUUUGUUGUCAAUAGUGUAUACCAGAGC